GUUCAUCGUCAAUGCUAGAAGAGUCAUCUUCAUCUGUUAAGAAAGCUCUUGCCAUGUAGGGCUCAUGGCCAAAAGAAGCACAAGGAAUUGGAAGUAGAAGUAGUGUAGGAAUCGAUGACGGGACAAGAAGAUGUUUCUUUGAUGGAGGCAGAGCGUCCUCAAAAUGAUCCAUUUUCGGACAACCGUCGGGAAGAAGAUGCUGGUGCAGUCUUUGUGCUUGAAUCAAAAGGUGAAUGGUGGCAUGCGGGGUUCCAUCUGACGACGGCGAUAGUGGGGCCGACAAUACUGACGCUGCCGUAUGCGUUCAGGGGGUUGGGAUGGGGACUAGGGUUCUUGUGCUUAACGGUGAUGGGUGCAGUCACUUUCUACGCUUACUAUCUCAUGUCCCUGGUGCUGGAGCACUGUGAGAAGUCUGGUCGCCGCCACAUCCGAUUCCGAGAGCUCGCGGCUGACGUUUUAGGUGAAUGGUGGCAUGCGGGGUUCCAUCUGACGACGGCGAUAGUGGGGCCGACAAUACUGACGCUGCCGUAUGCGUUCAGGGGGUUGGGAUGGGGACUAGGGUUCUUGUGCUUAACGGUGAUGGGUGCAGUCACUUUCUACGCUUACUAUCUCAUGUCCCUGGUGCUGGAGCACUGUGAGAAGUCUGGUCGCCGCCACAUCCGAUUCCGAGAGCUCGCGGCUGACGUUUUAGGGUCUGGUUGGAUGUUCUAUUUUGUAAUAUUCAUUCAAACUGCCAUCAACACUGGGAUUGGGAUUGGAGCAAUUUUGCUUGCAGGAGAAUGCCUUCAGAUCAUGUACUCAAACCUGUCUCCCAGUGGAUCCUUGAAAUUGUAUGACUUCAUAGCAAUGGUGACAGCAGUUAUGAUAGUUCUAUCUCAACUUCCAACCUUCCACUCCCUCAGGCACAUCAACCUGGGGUCGCUUCUUCUCAGCUUGGGCUACACUUUGCUUGUGGUUGGCGCUUGUAUCCAUGCAGGUACCUCAAAAAAUGCACCUCCAAGGGACUAUUCUUUAGAAACUUCAGAGUUAUCAAGAACUUUUAGCGCCUUUACUUCCAUCUCCAUAAUAGCUGCCAUUUUUGGGAAUGGAAUACUACCUGAAAUUCAAGCAACUCUGGCUCCACCAGCCACCGGAAAGAUGGUGAAAGGCCUCAUGAUGUGUUACACUGUAAUUUUUGUUACUUUCUAUUCCGCUGCAGUAUCUGGAUACUGGGUGUUUGGGAACAAGUCUAAUUCAAACAUUCUCAAGAGCCUAAUGCCAGAUGAUGGACCUUCUUUGGCUCCAACAUGGGUUUUAGGUCUUGCAAUAGUCUUCAUUCUUCUUCAGCUAUUUGCCAUUGGCCUGGUUUAUUCUCAAGUAGCUUAUGAGAUUAUGGAAACGAAAUCAGCUGAUGUGAACCAAGGGAUAUUCUCCAAGAGAAAUCUAAUUCCAAGGAUAAUUCUACGAACGCUGUAUGUGAUAUUCUGCGGAUUUUUUGCAGCAAUGCUACCAUUCUUUGGAGACAUUAAUGCAGUAGUAGGAGCUAUUGGUUUCAUCCCUUUAGAUUUUGUCCUCCCAAUGCUUCUCUACAACAUGACUUAUAAGCCUCCACGAUCAUCGCUCACCUAUUGGAUCAACUACUCUAUCAUUAUCAUCUUUACAGGUGCAGGCCUUCUGGGUUCAUUCUCUUCUAUAAGGAAGUUGGUUCUCGACGCUAAUAAGUUCAAGCUCUUCAGCAGUGAUGUAGUUGAUUGACUUCACAGAUUUACAAUACAACAAUCUUACACUCAAAUGUGCACGAAUUAGUUCCUUUUAAGCACACGAAAGCCUUAAAACAACUCACAUUACACUUCUUUAUCUGCCAUCUAGUGUAGUUAAACAAAUGGGGAUGUUUUGAACUCGCUGUACCAGUAUUGUCUAAACUUUAUUGUAUACAGUGUCCCAACAUUAUUGUCGCGUUAUUUCUGCAUCUUCUUUUUGCCUUUCCUCUAUUAGAUCAUGUAGACUUAAAGGUUCAAUACUGG